CAUGAGCCAGAAACUACGGUUUUAGCGGUUUAUUAAUACGAUCGCAUAAACGUUUCGUUUAACGUUAGCUGAGCUGGCCUGUGGCGUCACCGUAGCUAACGCUAGCUUCUCUGAAUACUGUCGAAAAUAAACGUUAGCUGAAGUAAGCAUUGUACAGCCAGUUUAUAUGUAAACGCGUCGUGUUGGCUCGAUAAUAAGAAAGUGCUUCUCCGUUAGCGAUGAGCGGUCUCCUCCCCACCUGACCGAAGCUGCUCUCAGACAUGAGAGAGGAUGACUGAGGAUGGAGAGCACAGCCCGACCCAGCAGGGCUCUUAAGACCUCCUUAGUAGACCCCAAAUCCUGCAAGGAUCACAAUGAGGCCCUUAAACACACCGCUAGAAAUGCAGAGGGAGACAUCGGUCCAUGCCAGCCGUGGCCCCCGUCCCUCCCCAGGCUGUCAAAGUCCAGCAAAAGCGUCUCCGUGGACGAGGCCGUGAGCACCAGGAGGCUGAGGAACAGCGAGGAGAGUCUGAGUGACCCGGUGGAGACCAGCUCCUCCACGGACUCGCUCAAAGAGGACCGAGCGGCCGCGGCUCCGGGUGGGUUCCCUCUCCGCGAGGACGGCCCCGCCAGGCCUCACCAGGACUCCUAUGCUAGACCCACCUCCACUGCUUCGACGGGAUGCCCGGUCUUCAGGGACAGGAGUGGCAGUGCGUCCGAGCCCGAAAACAGGCCCUGCAGUCAGCAGAGCGACCCCACGGACCACCGAGCGAGGCCCGGCAAGGUGCGCCUGGCUCCGGUGCAACCUGCCGGGACGCUGCCUGCUCUGGGGAAGAGCUUCGCGUCGGCCUCUCUGAAGGCGGCUAAUAGGAUUGACGGGGAUUGCGUGGAUUACGGCGCGUUGGCAGGAGAGAAACUCGGGGAGAGGCUCCACAGGAACCUGAGCGACAGCCGGCUUCUGGAGAACAUGGGGUCGGACAGCGCCUCUGUCAACUCCAUGAGGUCCACCUACAGCGUGCUGAGCCCCAUCAGGCCACAGGACGUGAGGAACAGGAGCUUCCUGGAGGGCAGCGUGUUGGGGAGCGGCGCCUUGCUCGGGGCCGAGGAGCUGGACCGCCACUUCCCCGACAGGAGAGCGGGCAUCUACGUAGCCACUUGGAACAUGCAGGGGGAGAAGGGGCUUCCAGCUAACUUGGAUGAUCUCCUCCUUCCUCCGGACUCUGAAUUUGCACAAGACUUUUAUAUAAUUGGGGUCCAGGAGGGCUGUCCUGACAAGAGGGAGUGGGAGACCCGUCUCCAGGAGACUCUGGGACCUUACUACGUCAUGCUGUACGCGGCGUCACAUGGCGUUUUGUACCUCACUGUAUUUGUCCGGAGAGAUCUCAUCUGGUUCUGCUCAGAGGUGGAGCACGCCACGGUCACAACCAGGAUCAUCUCCCAGAUCAAGACCAAAGGGGCCGUGGGACUCGCCCUUACCUUUUUUGGCACCUCCUUCCUCUUCAUCACUUCCCAUUUUACCUCUGGCGAUGCCAAAGUCUACGAGAGAGUACUAGAUUACAACAAGAUCGUCGAGGCUCUGGCUCUCCCUAAAGGCCUUCCGGACACCAACCCGUAUCGCUCCACGGCAUCCGACGUCACCACGAGAUUCGACCAGGUCUUCUGGUUCGGCGAUUUUAACUUCCGGCUGUGUAAAGAUCGGGUCGACGUGGAGGCCAUCAUGAAGCGCACGGCGGACGGCAGAAUGGGCCCUCUGCUGGAGCACGACCAGCUCUCCAAGGAGAUGAAGGAGGGCUCAAUCUUUAAAGGUUUCCAAGAGGCUCCGAUACAUUUCCUCCCCACGUACAAGUUCGACAUCGGCUGCGACAUCUACGACACGACCUCCAAACAGAGGACGCCGUCAUACACAGACCGCAUCGUGUUCAGGAGCAGACAGGCCGACGACAUAAAGGUCGUGAAGUACGCGAGCUGCUCCAGCAUCAAGACCUCCGACCAUCGGCCCGUCGUCGGCGUCUUUCAGGUCAAACUCAGGCCAGGCAGAGACAAUAUUCCCUUGGGGGCGGGACAGUUUGACAGGGUCUUGUACUUGGAGGGCAUCAGGAGGAGGAUCACCAGAGAGCUGAAGAGGAGGGAGGCCAUGAAGAACCAAAGAAGCAGCAGCGUGUGCACCGUCUCCUAAUCCCUCAAAGCGAGCUCUCCGGGCCGGAGGCAGUCCAACGCGAGCCGUAGUCGUCUUAACCAUGGUGGUGACUGAGCAGAGGGCGCCCCCUGUGGGCCAUCGUUAGGAGCUGCCUGUGUGUUUGACUCGAGGGCAGGGACCUCGAGGACACACACACACACUAAGGCUUGCAGACGCAGCAGCACUCUAUCGAUCAUCCUCUAUUCAAACAUGACAGACUGAAGGAGGAGGGGGCGGGGCUUACUCUUCAGCCACGCGCUCCAGUGUGAGCUGAAGACGCCUUAACCUUAAAUGUUGUUACUACAGUCAUUCUCUUAGAAUGAUUUUUUGGAGGAGUUCCCAAAGCAUCAUGAACCACAAUGUCGCGUCGGUUUGCUUUGAAAUGGCUCGUGAACGUGUCGUCGAGUACGUGCCUCCAAAAAUGGCGUUUUGGUGGCACGUGGGGGGGGGGGCUUUUGAAAAGUGAAUGAUAGAAAUGUAGUUGUGGGCGGGAGACGAUAUAUGACUGAAGGAGGGAUGGCAUUGAGUGACGCGACAGUCGGGAGGUUGUCACUGCUUGUUACGCGCUACUGUUGCAUUUCAAGGGGAUCAAAAGGAUUUGACAGCUUAUGUCUUAAUAUUUUGCAGGAACUCAACUACAAAAAGCUCAUUUACACUGUUAACGCCUGUCACGACUUUUCCCUCUUAUUGGGCCUCUAAGUGAUCCUUUGCAGCAGAUUGUAACUCGACGCGUUUCCUUACAUCUCCACUGUACUUAAAUUAACGUUUUAAUGAACUUGCAUUCCCAGCCUCUAAAAAGUGCCUGUUAAUCUUGUUUUCAGACCUUUUAAAUAUCAUUUUUUUACAAGUCACCUUAUUUAAAGUUGCAAAAUGAAAGCUAGCAAAACUAAAAUUAAAGUUUUAAAACCCA